GUUCGAUUCACCAUUGCCCUAGCACACGUACGCGCAGAUCCGUCCGCUCCAAUCCGCCCCGGUCACCCAACCCACGUUUUCCCCCACGCCCCCAUCCUUUCGAUUCACCAUUGCCCUACCACACGUACGCGCAGAUCCGUCCGCUCCAAUCCCCCUUCCCCAUCGUCUCGCGACGCCCUCGCCGCCGCCUCGCCCCCAACGAUCCACUCGCCCCCACAACGAUUCGCUUCGUGGUGAAGAAGCCACCCGCGCCUCGCCGGAAACGGAAGCAGCAACCCCUAGCCACGCUGACCCUCCACGGCGCCGGCGAUGGGGCUGAAGCGGCCUACGGCGGGAGCGGGGGAGGCAGCAGCGCAGACCAUCACGUUGUCCAUGUCGGCCAUGUGGGACACGGUGCGCGCCGCCAUGAGGGAGGCCGAAGCAGCAGCACUGGAGCCAACUCAAAGAAACGACGCCGCUGGUGUCCAUCUCCGGCGUGGCGCCGCCGCCAUUUUCAGCUGUGUAUCGGCUGUAGCUCAGUCGACAUCUUCUGCUACAGCCCUCCCAUCUCUGCAGAAGAUGGAACCGUGGAUGGAGGGAGCAUUCCUGCGGCGGAUGGAGCAGCGGGCCUAACUGCAGGUCAGUUGUUCGAUCAAUUAUGCAACUCACCAUACUCAGUCAAUUAUUAGACUAUUUGCUUGGUUUGAUUUAUUUUUUACUCGGCGUAUAUUUUGGUUGAUGUAGUCAGCAUCUUAUUGCAUAUCUGUUUUUGUUGUUCUAUGUUUGCUUUCUAUUUCUUAGAAGCAUUUGUUACAUAAAUUAGUAUGGCUCCUAAUGGCUGACGUUUGUAAUGCAUUUUGUUAGAUAGCACCUCAUUUUGUCGACCUGCGCACGUUCUUCUGUAAAAAAAGUGACAUUAACUCCCUCACUCCAGUUUAUUAUCCCAUGAUAGAAUAACUGUGAAAAAUCUGUCAAACCCACUGAACGCUAUUAUACAUAAGCUGGCAAACAAAUCUCUUAAUUGCACUGCACCCUUUUGUAUAUUCAGGGAAUUGAUACAUAGUUAAUUCAGGUGGCACGUGACGCAAGUCGAAGUACAUGUCUGCUGGCAGAUGUCUAUUCUUAUUGUCUUCAGGGUAGCUGAUAUAUAAUUUUGUUUUGAAAAGUAGAGAAAAUCCAUGCGCUACAAAGAAUAACUGCUUUGGUUCCUUCAUAACACAUGUCUGGUUCUUAAAUCGGCUGGUUCUUAAAUCAAUGGACCCCUGCAUGUCUUUUUUUUUCCCCAGAUGCACUUUACACAAAACAUUGAUACAAGUAAUAAUUACCAAAGGUCUACAACAUCAAAAAGAACAAAAAAUACAGGGCCUACAGGAACAAAUAAUUCCUUUUCCUUUGUUGUUGCGGUCUGAUAAGCUAACUUCAGAACAAUUGCUGCUGUUUGCAUGACAUUCGGGCUGUAGAACCAAGUCCUGCCAAAUCUGUCUGUUCUCAGCUUUUUGCGGCCCUUGUGUCCAUAUUGUGUCCAGACAUCAAUUUAUUGUUCACUUCAGAUCUCUGCCUUGUCAUUAUUUUUAAAUUAUCAGUGAGGUCAAUCGCAUUGCUUCUGUCAAAUGCAUCAGGAUUGGUGGUCCUUGCUGUAUGUUCUGUCAAAUGCUUCUGUCAUUAUAGCGGGCAGUCGUUCCCAGUCCACGGCUUAAAUUACGCGCACGAUUGGUGGUCCUUGCCGUAUCCCGCUGCAACGUGGUGGCCGUGGAUAGGAUAGGCUCAGAUUUACGAUCAUUGGGAUUUAAAGAAAAAACACAGUGGAAUGCAUCGUAAAUUUUGAAAUAAAGGCAUAAAUGUUGGGGGCCUUCGUCCUCCGAAGGUCCUCAAAAACAUGAUUUGACAAUAUUUUCCAAGUGAAAUGUAUGAACAGGUAUCUUCGGACUCAGAUUAUGAACAUGAAGUACGAUCAGGACGAAGCUUAAGCUAGACGAAGGAGGAUUGAGAUGAAGGACGGGCUGAUCACCAAGCUGUACGAAGGAUGGUGCAUAGCCGAAGCUAUGCGCAGGGGAGCUUCGGCAUGGUGGCAGAAAGGGGAACCGACUUAAAGAUGAAAAGACUACUUAGGCCUUGACAGAUCCCCAUAAGUCAUUAGCAAAUGUAGUGGACAUGAAUGUAAUUUUACAUGGGCUGCGUCCCACGUCUAUAAAUAGAUGAACAGUACUCCCGUACUGUUCACGCUGACUUGGCAUUUGCUUUUGCGUCACACUUGUAUUUUCAUCUCCUUCCAAGUCGAAGGUACAUUUGUAAUUCGAUAUUGUCUCUAUUUUUCUA